ACUCACACACACACACACACACACACACAGCAGCACACGCGCCCGCGCUAACACAUAACCGCGGUCACACCCACCCGGACUCUCAGACAAUUAUUUCUAUCUCAAAAUCUGUCAGAAAAACGAUGGCUUCAGGAGGUUUAGGAGAGAGUACAGUCAUUCAGCUCGGCUUGAUCAAUGCAGAAGACAAAUAUUUGACCGCAGAGGCGUUUGGCUUCAAAGUGAACGCGUGCGCCACGUCCAUGCGUAAAAAACAGGUAUGGACGCUGGAGCAUGCGGACCAGGCAGGAGACUCCAGCUCGGUCCUCCUGCGCAGUCACCUGGGUCGCUACCUGUCCUCCGACAAGGACGGGAACGUGACAGCUGAGUGCGAACGACCCUGCUCAGACUGCCGCUUCUGCGUGGUGGCGCAUGCCGAUGGCCGGUGGUCUCUGCGCUCCGAGGCACACGGCCGCUACCUGGGAGGCACCGAGGACCGCGUGCUUUGCUCCACGACCGAGGGGAAGUGGUACGUUCACCUCGCCACACACCCGCAGGUCAACCUGUACAGCGUUGCGCGAAAGCGGUAUCUGCACGCGCACCCCGGGCGCAGUGAGCUUGCUGCGGACCGAGAUGCUCCCUGGGGCGUGGGCUCCGUGCUCACCUUGGUGUACCGGGAGCGCCGUUAUCACUUGCAGACCGCCGGCGGCCGCUUCCUCUCUAGCACCGGUGCGCUGGUGUCUGAGCCACAGGACGACACUGGAUUCACGCUGGAGUUUCGCGCGGGCACGGUGGCGUUCCGGAACGCUGCAGGGAGAUACCUGGCUCCCUCCGGCCCGAGCGGCACCGUCAGGGCGGGUAAAAACAUCCGCGUGGGUAAAGACGAGGUGUUCGUGCUAGAGAGAAGCCGCGGGCAGGUGGUGCUCACUGCCAGCAACGACAGGAACGUGUCCAUGCGCCAGGGAGUCGAUCUGUCAGCCAAUCAGGAUGAAGAGUCUGAUCAGGAAGUCUUCCAGAUGGAGAUGGACCAGGACACGAAGCGCUGUGCUUUCAGGGCCUGCAAUGGGAAAUACUGGAGUCUCACUCCGAGUGGAGCGAUUCAGUGCACUGCUUCAGAAAUAUCCGCCAGCUGCUUCUUUGAGUUAGAGUGGAACGGAGCGAAGGUCAUGCUCAAGGCCACUAAUGGGAAGUACAUAGCAGCCAAGAAGAAUGGCCAGCUGGCCGCCUCCGUGGACUCUGCAGGUGAACAGGAGGAGUUUGUUUUGAAACUCAUUAACAGGCCACUGAUAGUCGUGCGCGGGGAAGACGGCUUCGUCGGUUGUCGUAAGCAAGGCACAGGAACUCUGGACUCCAACCGUUCUUCCUAUGACAUCUUCCAGUUAGAGUACAAUAACAAUGCUUACUGUCUCCGAGACUCAGCAGGGAAGUACUGGAUGGUGGAGGCUGAUGGUGUAGUUGUGAGCAGCAGCACCGCACCGGUUUACUUCCUGUUUGAGUUCUGUGAUUAUAACAGAGUGGCCAUUAAGACACAACAGGGUCUUUAUCUGAAGGGAGAUCAUGCUGGGGUGCUAAAGGCUAAUGCAAAGAGUAUCGCUAAUGCUACGCUGUGGGAGUACUAAUACACACAAACACACACACACACACACACUCCUGACUGUGACAGCGACUUACUCUACUUUCACACUAAUGAGUGACAGGUGACUAACCUCCAUCUUUUCACAUACAUAUGAAGCAUUUCGUCUUCACCCGUAGCUCAUCCAUGGUUACUGUCUAAAACUCAAAAUUAAAAAAAACAUAGUUUCAUGUAAUUAAAUGUGCAUAGAGACGUUAGGAAGAGAAAUACAGCUUGGACGUUUGGAAGGAAGCAGCUAUUUAUAUCUAUUACCAUUUCUUAUCAAAAGACAGGCCACACUCACCGACGACAGCGAUGGACGCUAUAAGUACAAGAGUAGGACAUGUAAUGUGAAUACAAUGCACAAAGCAACCAUAUUAGCACAAAAAAAGCACAUUAAGACGAACCGCACAGUAAAACAAUUCUGUAGCAUAAACUUGUGUUUUUUAGUGACACCUCGUGUAAAAGCUUAACUAGCUCAUCAAACUUUGUCAUCUUUAUAAAUCUGUGACACGGACCCCGGACUGUAACGACACUGUCUCUCUCAGUAUCCGGCUGUGGAUUUAGAUGUAAACGUAGAUUGGGCGUGGCCUCAGCACAUCCCUAAUAGAUCCAUCGUCUCAGAAAUAGACUGAAAAAUGAAAUGCUUUAACCGGCCACGGCUUGUCCAAUCUGCAGUAAGAAGGAGUCUCUGAGCUCGGACCGUUCGGAGCUCGGACCAUUUCACACGCCAGUAUUCUGCAUGUGCAGUGCCUAUGAUGAACCUCACUCUUUUUUUUUUAAACUUCCUGUACAGUAGGUGCUCGUACACACUCGCUGCUCCGAAAUAUACAUACGCUUCUGAAUACGUGUCGUUUUGUUUAAAUAUAUUUAGGAAGAACAAACUCGUAGGUUUUCCCAGACCGACGCACAGAUAUGAGUAAUCCCGUCUCGUAUUAACUAUCAGUAUUAGAUUCCAGAACAACCAGUUUGUCAUUCUGAUGUAUUCAGAAUUGGAGUCUUAGAGAAAUGGCGACACGAAUGUACGCCAUGUGCUCACUAUGCAUUAUGGGUAACAAGCACAGCUCCUCAGCCACUAAGCACAGCACCUUAACCGCUAAAAGAUGUGAAUGAGGGUGGUGUAAAUCAGCAGCUUGUCCUUCAGACAUGAGGACUGUGUCCUGAACCAGAAACAUUUUUAGUGUGAACAGAGGCUGGUGUAAUGAGGUCAGGUUUUAAAUAGCUGUGCUAAGACUUCCAGAGUUCUAGAAAACCACGACUGUUCACCUUCACUUUCCUGACUACACACACACACACACACACACACACAAACACACAUCACACACUACAUUUGUUUAACAGAUAACCGAGGCUUGUGUCGUCUCUUAACACGGACGUCGCGUCUGCUAUUAAACAUCAUUGUAACUGCGCUAGCUACAGUAACCAUGUGCCAUCACAACACCGCUAACUCCUGACAGAAAUAACAGAAAGCAACCAAAACACAAACUAGCAUUAGCACAAGCAGUAUUUCAGUAUAAACCUAUUUAAAGUCUUUCAGAAGUGAGAGAAGUUGACACUUUUUUGCACUGCUAUGUUUAAAAAGCUUUAAUCUCAUCUGAAUGUCGUGAGGAAAAGUGGCCGAUGCUUCUGGGGGUUUCUGUCUUCAUGUGCCAUUGUAAAGUCAAAGACUAAUAAAGCUCGAGUCAAACUCAA